AAAUAUAUUUCAUUCAAAUCCAUGCCGACGGUGUAAAGAUCCAGUCUUUAAGCCUAUUAUUAAAAUCUGAAGCCUCAGUUAGGUGUGGUUUAGACAACAGCAACCUUACAACAAUACUACAUUUCCACUAUGUGUCGUCAUGCAGCUAAUGAAAAUGCCUCCUGGCAUUAACCUGCCCUGGUACUGUUGUACUGUGCCUUUAAGAUUCGGCUGCUGCUUUACGCUGUGCUUGGGACAUAGUGGGGGAGGGAGGUUGUUGAUGGUAAGUCCGCCUCUGGUUGGCUGGGCUGUCAUGAGGGCAGUGACAUCACAAGGGGUCUGGCUCUGUGGUAUAAAAUAACAUCUCCUUAUAUGGCUUGAGUUGGAUUCUACCAUUUAUGAAGGGAGGUGGGGAUCCUUUUAUCCACUUGGGACUGUUAGCAUUUUUUAACCGUUUUAGUUGUCCCACAUGAAUUAGCCUACGCCUUACCAGACAUUCUGUGUAUGGCCACUCUUAUGCAUUGAAAUAAUUUACUUUGGACUUCACUGGAUUUGUAGUCCAACUUUGAAAAUUUGCAUUUGGCAACUAUAUGGAGGGAACGAAACCGUAACAAAUCUUUGAGCUUUUCCCCUAACAGCAGACAAUACGAUCAGGUUGCUUUUAUCAUUCAAGAGGAUGAGCACCAACAACACUGCAACAAAAAAGUACACGGACACACAGGCACAGACACACAGAGGGAGAGGGAGAGAGAGAGCUCUGACUCCGCCGGGCUUAAAACCAUUGUCCCGGUCUACGUGUGGUCCCCCCCCUGCCUUUCUCUGACAUGGUAUCUCCCGAGAACCAUCAGUCCCCUCCCCUCCCUUAGUCAGAUUUGUCUCUACUCUAAGGAAAUGCACUGUACCGUCGUACCAAGUAAAGAAACUACAGUUAGACUUUUAAAAGCCCUGGGGUUAAAACAUAAAGUCCACAUUGCUUCCGGGACAGGACGUUUGAGAAUCCGAGCUGACUGAGGUUAUGAGGGGAAUACUUCUGAAUCCCUGGGAGACUAUCUGAGCCCCCCCCCCCCCCUUCUUCCAAUGUUUCAGUGGUUGGGGCCAUGGCCUCUCAGGCAGGCAACAUGAACCGUGAGGACCGGAAUGUGCUCCGAAUGAAAGAAAGAGAAAGGCGCAAUCAAGAGAUCCAGCAAGGCGGAGGAGAGGCCUUCCCAGCCAAUUCCCCUCUCUUUCCUGAACCCUAUAAAGUUUCCUGCAAGGAAGAUAAACUGUCCAGCCGUAUUCAGAGCAUGCUGGGUAAUUACGACGAGAUGAAAGAACCCAUCGGUGGAGACACUAUGCCAAAGCUUGGCGGCAAACCUUCCAGCACUACCACUUCGUCCGAGGAGAAAUCCAGCCAGGCGCUGUUCGGCAGCGACCAGCGCAGCAGCGGCAACAACAACGGCAGCGGCGGCAGCAACAGCAACAGCAGCAGCAGCAGCAGCAGCAACAACAGCCAGGGCAGCAAGUGGACCCCCGUGGGGCCCGCAGCCGGCUCGUCCUCGUCCCAGAAGCGCUCCGGCCUCCAGGGCAGCCACGGUAGCCAGCGGGGCGGCAGCCAGAGACACGGCGGCGAGAAGAAGUCCAGCAAGCACAGCAGCGGGGAACACUCCAAGUCCCACACGUCCAGCCCGGCCAAGGGCUCCCUGAGCUCCACGGCCGGCAGCAGCAGCAGCAGCGGCGGCGGAGGAGGAGGCGGGGGCCACUCGCGGACCUCCAUGUCCGACCAGCACCACGGCAAGGAGCAGCGCUACCGCAAGUCCCCCAGAGACAGAGAGGCCAACUGGGACUCGCCCUCGCGCGUCCACUCGUCCUUCCCAAGCGGCCCGCACUCGGGCCAGGCCUUCCCCCCGUCCCUCAUGUCCAAGCCGGGCUCCAUGCAGCAGAAGCCCACGGCAUACGUACGGCCCAUGGACGGCCAGGAGACGGCAGAGCCCAAGAGCUCACAGGGGGAGAGCUACAGCGGGCAGUCUCACAGCGGCACCAUGGGCGAGAUGAAGUCCAACGGCAAGGCGGCGCUCUCCAAGCUCAAGAUCCCCUCUCAGCCGGUUGAGGGCGCCGGGGACGCCAACUGCGUGGAUGAAAUUUUAAAGGAAAUGACUCAGUCGUGGCCACCGCCGCUCACAGCCAUCCACACUCCCUGCAAGACUGAGCCGUCCAAGUUUCCAUUCCCCACGAAGGACUCUCAGCACACUGGCUUCCCUGGGGGACACAAGCGGUGCAGAGAUGCGUCCAAGAGCUCCAGCAGUCACCAAGCCAAAGUGUGUGAGGACCAGCCCAAUAUGCUGGAGGAUGACUUGAAACUCAGCAGCAGUGAGGACAGCGAUGGGGAACAGGACUCUGCCAAAAACACUUCCAGGAACACGUCUAACAGCAACAACAGCAACAACAGCGAGGGAGCGGACCCCUCCAGGGACGACUCCAGCAGCCGCAGUGGGUCCGACAGCAGCUCGGGCUCGGACAGCGAGAGCGAGAGCAGCUCCACGGACAGCGAGGCCAACGAGCCCCCCCGGCCCGCCUCCCCCGAGCCCACGCAACACAUGGCCAACAAGUGGCAGCUGGACAACUGGUUCAAGAAGGCCAAGCAGUUCUCCCCGGCGUCCCCGGUGGACGGCGCCAACGGGCCCACCAAGUACAAGAAGGAGGGCCGGGACGCCAGCUCGGGCCGCAGCUACGGCGGCCAGGGCGGCUCCAAGGACCCCGGCGCGCCCAUGCCCGGCCGGGACCUGCGGCCGCAGCAGAAGGGGGCGGAGACGUCCCGCGGCCGGCAGAAGUCCCCGGCCCAGAGCGACGGGGGCGGUCCGCCGCCGCGGCGCACGGUGGGGAAGAAGCAGCCCAAGAAGUCGGAGAAGCCGCCGGUGGUGGAGGAGCCCAAAGGCGGGCUGAGGGUGGAGAGCGAGCCGGCGCCGGAGAUCCCGCCGCACCGGCCCAAGGCCGCCACCAAGGGCUCCCGGAAGCCCAGCAUCAAGAAGGAGCCCAAGUCCUCCCCCAGGCCCACGGCGGCGGCCAGCGCCGCCACCACCACCACCACCAGCAGCAGCACCACCACCACCACCACCCCCGCCUCGGCAACCGUCGCCGCCGCCGCUGCCGCGGCCGGCCCCGCAGCCGGAGCCGCCGCCGCCGCCGCCACGGACAAACGCAAGGCCAAGGCGCCCACCAAGACGUCCCAGAAGUCCCGGGAGUUUGUGGAGACGGAGUCGUCGUCGUCGGACUCUGAGGAGAACGACAGCAUCCCGUCGUCGUCGCAGACGCCAAAGUACUCGGAGAGCAUCCGCACGCCCGUCCUCAUGUUCUCGCCGCUGGAGGAGAAGGGCCUGCUGUCGCCGCUCAGCGACCCUGAGGAGCACUACCUGGCGCGACCGCCCCCCCAGCAGGCGCUCUUGGUGAAGAUAGACCUGAGCCUGCUAACCAGGAUACCCGGGCUCCCCUACAAGGAACCGGCCGAGAUCAAGGUGGAGAGGGACGACUCGCUGGACCGCGACGGGAAGGAGUUCAGCAAGCAGAGCUCGGGGAAGAACUCCAGCAAGGGCAAGAGGAAACACAAGAACGAUGACGACGGUACAAAGCCUGACAUCAAGAGGUCCAAGCAAGAAGAGAAGUCUCAGUCACACCAUAAAAACAGCUGUAAAGAGUCGAAGAGGUCUGUGGAGAAGAAGGAGGAGCCCGUGCCCUCGCCCUCAAUCUCGGGCCCUCAGCGGACCCCCAAGGCGGAGCACCACAGCCGAAAGAGGACCAUGAGCCAGUCGUCCACCUCGCUGUCCAGCGGCGCCGGCAGCGGCAAGGAGGGCAGCCACGGCCCCAAGGGCACCUCCAAGCACCGCAAGGGAGAGGACAAGGGGCGAGGCGCGCGCGACGGCAAGACCCACCCCCCCCAUCCCUACCUCUCUCUCCAGGACAAACCGUCCAAGGGCUGUGACAACCUGCUGGCCGUGCAGCCGCUCUCCACCGACGGCUCCGAGUCCCAGAGGUCCAAGCUGCUGUUUGAGGACAGGGUCCAUUCGGCCGACUACUACCUGCAGGAAGCCAAGAAACUCAAACACAAUGCGGACGCGCUGCUGGACCGCUUUGAGAAGGCGGUCUACUACCUGGACGCGGUGGUGUCCUUCAUCGAGUGCGGCAAUGCCCUGGAGCGCAGCGUCCAGGAGGCCAAGUCCCCCUUCCCCAUGUACGCCGAGACGGUGGAACUCAUCAAGUACACCAUGAAACUCAAGAGCUACAUGGCCCCGGACGCCACGCCCGCAGACAAGAGGCUGGCAGUGCUGUGCCUGAGAUGCCAGUCCCUACUUUACCUGCGACUCUUCAAGCUGAGGAAAGAAAGCGCACUCAAAUACUCGAAAACCCUCACAGAGCAUCUGAAGAAUUCCCUGAGCAUCACUCAGGCUCCAUCUCCAGGAAUCGCAAAUAAGGCGGCCAGCAUGCCCUCCCCGGUGUCCCCCAAGCUGUCCCCGGGCUCGGCCGCCAGCUACUCCUCCAGCAGCGCCAGCGGCGGCAGCGGCAGCUCCUCCGUCACCAUCCCCCAGCGCAUCCACCAGAUGGCGGCCAGCUACGUGCAGGUCACCUCCAACUUCCUGUACGCCACCGAGGUGUGGGACCAGGCGGAGCAGCUGGCCAAGGAGCAGAAAGAGUUCUUCGUGGAGCUGGACAAGGUGAUGGGUCCGCUCAUCUUCAACACGAGCAGCAUGACUGAACUGGUGCGCUUCACACGCCAGGGCCUGCACUGGCUGCGGCUGGACGCUAAGCUCAUCCCCUAGCAAGGACUCUCCAUCGAGCCUGCACACACACACACACACACACACACAUGCAUACAUACACCUGCACGCACAGCAUGCACUUAACGUGCCGCUGUACAAACGCUUUCAGAGACGCCUGUGGCCGUGCGCCUGACCCCCCCCCCCCCCCCCCCCCCCUCUCCGAUGACACACACACACACCCAAACAGACACACACUCAAACGUGCUCCCACCAACCCACAACACUGUGUCCAUCUUCUACACCAGCUUGCCCGAAACACUGAGCAUCAACUCUUGUCAGGAGCACCAAACUGGAAGAGGCAUUUUUUUAACUACAAGGAAAGGAAGGAAGGAAGGAACACAAAGCCAAGCUGCCAUGCUGCGCACCUCCUCCACAGAGCUCUGUCCCCGCCGGCAGAGGCUCCUGUCCGCUGCUCCUGGUGAAUUAAUGAUGAAGACACUAACGUGGAGUUUGGUUUCCUUGGCUUCAAGCACAUUUUAGCUUAAUGGGUCUUUUUUUUCAUUUUUCUUUCCGACUUUUGUUUUUUGGUUUUGUUUUACCAAAGUACCUCCCUUGAACACCAAAGGUGCUUUAAAAAUGAAAUGUGUGUCUCGUUUUUAUCUUUUUCGGUGCCUUGUAUGUGGGUACACAGACAGACGAGUGAAUUUCCACGAUGGCUGAAAGCAUUUAACAGGUUAUUUUCCUCCUGCUCUUUUCACUGGUCUUUUUAGACAUGGCAGUUUGUUGUUGUUAUGAAUGAGUUUGAGCAUUGUUUUAAAAGGAAAUAGGAAAACACGACCGGGGAACAAUCAUGGGGAAUUAACACUUUUUAUGAUCAACAAAAUGGCCGAAAUGAAAUGGCAGUUGGAGGCGUGGUGACGGCUAAGAUGGUGUUGGGCUUACCUAACAAGAUAGGCCUGUGUGCAUCAUUCAGUUUUUAAUAUCCUGUGAUCUAGGCUUUUAAAUGAUAGAGAGAGAUAUAUAUAUAUAGAUAUAUAUACAUAUAGAACACUUUAAGAUGAACUCCAACCAAUGGGGAUGCAGGACGAAGGGGGAGUGGCUAGUUUGUGCACUUGAAUGACAUCACGGAUGCUGACGCAUUAGGUCUCCCAAAUCCCACUGAUCAAAAUGUUUUGUGAUUUGUGCUGGGGGGGAUGUUGGGUGAGGGACACUUUCUAUUUGUAAUUUGAUUUAUUCACUGUUGUGCGACACACUAUUUAUUUCCCCCUCCCCAUCACUGAAGUUGUAACAAUGCGCCCAGCCCCCCACCGCCCAAAUCGGAACAAUUCCAUAGCUAUGAAUUCUUUCAUUAAUCGUAACUUUUCAAUUUUCUCCUUGUUCUUCUCGCCGUCUAAGCUGGGCAAGGGUUUCCUCUUUCUUUUUGGUAAUGGCACCCCAAGCUCAUCGCGCCUACAAUGCAGUGGUUUUUAACAGUCAUUAAGCAUAAACUAGUUCUGUAGAAAGCUAAAAUAGGAAAGGGCCUUUUAUGGAGAAGCUAGGCGGCGUGCUUUGUAAAGCAGCACAGGUGGUGGUGGUCGAGUGAAGCAGUGUUCAAGCAGAGAAAUGAAUGCUAGGGUUGUACAGUCUGGGCAAGAGGUGUCCCGGCAGAUACAGAUGUUAAUUAUCUACCAAGCUUUUUUUUUUUUUGUUUCUUUCACAUUUUCAAAUGCAUAGGCUUAAAACAGGGUUGAAUAAGGGGUUAAUUAAAUUCAUAAGUAUUUGUAUAUGAAAUUCUCACUAUUUAAGUGUAUAAAAAGCUCCGGGUCACUUCUUUGCUUUGUCAUAUGUAUUGCAAAGAGCUGUAGGAACCAUCCCACAGCCUAUUGAUCUAUGUUCCUAUGGAGCCCCGACCCCAGCUACAUAUCUCUCCCACAUUGAGCUCAUCGUCACCAGAACCAGGGGGCAGCUGAUGUAGAUGUAGUUCUUUCAGAGCAGGAAGGUAACGUUGAGUUUGUUUAAACCUUCGAGAAUAUAUCUUUUUUUUCUUUUUACUUCCCCCCUUCUUUAUUUCCGUUUUUAUUUCUGGGUUCCAAGUAGCGUGGCUCAGUUUAUUUUUUUUCCUGAUUCACUUCCUAUGAAAAACACAUGCUGGAAACAUUAGAGCCGGGUUUAGAUCCAAUGGAUUUUGCAAGUAGGGUUUGAUUUAUAUUUUGUAUGGGGUAGGGGGGCGGGGGGGGGGGGGGGAGAUGGGUAACGUAUGCCAAGAGAAAAAAUGCCGGAAAAUGUAGCUUCUUGUGUAAAUUGUUGCUAUUUUUUUUUAAAUUCCUCUGAGUUGUCUGGCGAUAUCAACGUUCAACACCACGAGGUAGAAUGACGCGCACGGGCGACCAUUACUUGCAAAGUCUUUUGGACCAGGCCUGGGUUCUCCUACCCCCCCCCCCCCCCCCCCAUCGGCUCCCUGGCCUUUUGCAGUGGGAGAUGCUGUUAAUUCCUCCAGUACUCGUUGUAGUCUGAGGAAGUAUUAUUUGAAUCUAUGCAGGAUUUGUACAAGAAGAAAAAAAGACCUUUCUAUUCUCCGUAUUUAAUUUUUAUGCUUGGGAUUCUUCCCCUCUCUUUUUUCCUGUCUCAGAAAGCCUUUUGAACUCAAAUCUCCAAUGCCUUUAGCUUUUGCAGGUGUUUUGUGUACUGGUUUAAUAUAUAUGUGUAUAUAUAGGUCUGUUUUCUUUUUUAACGGGACACAUUGCGGUGGGCCGCUUUGUACUUUAAAACUGGAGGCCACUUUUCUGUAGGAGCUCCUCUGGGUUUUGCCAGCCCCUGUCGACACCGAUGUCUUCAUACACUGAUACACUUUGUAAGUAAAUGGUCGCCACCCAACAUUGCAUACACUAUGAAAUAGUUUAACGUACACCUUUCAGCGACAGCCUCGCUAACCCCUUUAAUUUAUUGAUCUGCUCUUUUGAUUAUUUUCCCUUUUUUUCGUUUAAAUCGUUUCUUUUUUUUUUUAAUAAAAUGUACAGGGGGUUGUUAAUGAGAUUUCAUUGUAAUUAAUAUUAAUUUUAACUUGAAGUUUUGCAGGGUAUGGCUUUUUUUUAUUUUAUUUUUUACAUCCAGUAGAAAGAGGUUAACACUUGCAUGUUUCUAUUUAAAAAAAUGUACAAAUUGUAAAUACAGCAUUUCUUUAAGGGUGAAUUUCUACUACCGUUUGGCAUUUUUAUUGAAAUUUAAAGAUGUAAAUACAUUUGUGAAAUAUGCACAUUUUUUCCUCUUUCUGGGAGUAUUUUUCUUUACAUUUCUUCCUUUCUGGCUGUUGAGUGGGAACCGCCGUCUCUCAAUGUGUAUUUAAGAAGUCUCUCCGCUUGGAUCCGUCUGUCGAACAAUCAGUCGCCACUUAAUCCCACGUCUCUCCCAAGUCCAAACUCUAAUAUUUCUCACUCUCUGUAUUUGAUACCGGGACAUGUACAUCCAUAAAGUGUGUGCUGUUCAGUCUCAUGAGAUGUGUGAAUGCCUGGAGACAGCGGUGGUUUUAAGUGUCAAUCCAACAGUUUUCUUCCUGAGUGAGCCUGGUGUUUGUUUUUUUACACUGCGUCCUUAUGGAAUAAUUGAUUUGAGGUCUUUUUGAAACGGAGCUAUUUCUCUAAACUUAAGAGUUGUAGGAGAUUAUACAGUCUGUUGUAUUAUAAUCUUUUUUGCUAAAAGUGGUCUCAAGUGAGACUAGCAGCAUACACAAAGUACCAUGGUAUAAAUUGGAUUAGUUUUGAGAGGGAAAUGAAGAUAGUAUAUUUAAAGGAUGCAAUAUGAUCAAGCUAUGGUACUCAUUAAGUUUGGUUGCAAACUUGGAUUAUGUAAUUUAAAAACAUUCUUGUGAAGUAAGUAUUAAUUGUUACUAAUGGGAGUCUGUCCUAAAUAUUCUUUGUAUUUUGCCGUAUUGAGAAUAAAAUAUAUAUGGUUAUGUUUAA